AUGGCGUCCAGGAUCUUCAUCAAGGGACUUCCACCCACCUUCUCGGAGGAAGAGCUGCGCAAACAUUUCCCAGGAAACGUCACCGACGUUAGAAUCUUCCCCAACCGUCGCAUAGGCUAUGUCGGCUACAGUAAGCCGGAAGAUGCGCAGAAGGCGGUCAAGUACCACAAUAAAUCUUUCAUUCGCAUGUCAAGGAUUUCCGUAGAACUUGCCAGGCCUGCCAAGGAGCCCGGAAGCCAUGAGCAACAACAACCAUCACCGCCCGCACAACGACGAGAAGGCGGGCUACCCACAAAUGAGAUCCAUUCCCAACGCAAGAGGGAGGCGGUAGACGAUGACGAUCCUAAGCUCAAAGAGUUCAUGGACGUCAUGAAGCCGAAGACCAAGAAGCAGAAGGGUUGGGAAGGUGAGGAAGUGCCGCAAGAAGCGCCCGUUGAGCAUACAGCUUCUGCGGAAAAAGCGAGCGACGACGAAUAUGAGGUUCUACAAAAGGACGUAAAGACUGACGCUGCGGUCGCACCCGCUAUGCCGCAUCCCGAGCCUGUUGGUGGUGAUGAUGAGGUUUGGGGCGGGAUUGUGGAGACUGUAUCCCACGCGGAACCAGUAGACCCUGCGCCAACAGUGUCAGACGCAGACUGGACCCGUUCGCGAACCAGCAGGCUCCUAGGGCUUCUUGAUGACGAUGAAGAAGAGACUCUGGCUGGGAGCGAGCGUCAGCCACGGAUUGACGACGAGAGUUAUGCAGAUGUACCCGCGAAAGGCAACAAGAACGUACGCCCAGCGGUUGAGGACCCGGCUAAUUCGCUGCCAUCACCACCGGCAGAUAGUCAAACCCUCGGUACAGAGACGACGAGGAUCCUAGACAGUGCCUCUGAUGUCGAUGCGGUACGCUCGAGCAUGCGAUUGUUCGUACGAAAUCUGCCGUACAGCGCAACGAAAGAAGAUCUGGAGGCCGAGUUUGAGCCUUUUGGCAAUCUAGCAGCGGUACAUGUGUCGAUGAGCAAAAAGACAGGGUCGGCCAAAGGGUUCGCCUUCAUCCAGUACAGUGAUGCCGAUGCCGCCGAGCGGGCACUACGAGAGAAGGAUGGCCAAACAUUCCAGGGAAGGCUGCUGCACAUUCUGCCCGGCAAAGCCAAGCGCGAAGAUAAGCUUGAUGAUUUUGAGCUUAGCAAGCUACCACUUAAAAAGCAGCAAGAAAUCAAGCGAAGACGGGAGGCUUCAAGCAAGACAUUCAACUGGAACGCGCUUUACAUGAACGCGGAUGCCGUGGUUUCGAGCGUUGCGGAACGUCUUGGUAUAGCCAAGUCGGCUGUGCUUGAUCCCACCAGCAGUGACGCAGCAGUGAAACAAGCGCACGCAGAAACGCAUGUGAUUCAAGAGACCAAGGCCUACUUUAAGCAGCAUGGUGUGGAUCUCGACUCGUUCAAGACGAGCAAGCGCGGCGACACUGCUAUACUGGCGAAGAACAUUCCAUUCGACUUCAGCAAAGACGAGCUCAAGCGUCGCUUCGAGGAACAUGGCGAGGUCAAGAAAUUCCUUAUGCCGCCAAGCGGCGCGAUUGCGAUCGUAGAGUUUGCCAAUGCUGAACAGUGCAGAGCAGCCUACGGGGCGCUUGCCUACCGCAGGGUGAAGAGCUCAAUCCUGUUUCUCGAAAAGGCACCCCAGGACUUGUUCAAUGCCAAGCCCGCUACUUCCGAGGAUACGAAUGGCGGCGCUGAAGGGGUCACCAAGACAUCCGCGUCUGAUCUCAAAGACUCCGCCAAGGUUGCUGUAGCCGACUCGGCGACCACUGCUACACUCUUCGUCCGCAAUCUCAACUUCAGUACCACGACUCAGCACCUUACCGAGACGUUCAGCCCUCUCUCUGGCUUCUUGUCAGCUCGUGUGAAGACCAAGACAGAUGCGAAAAAGCCAGGACAGAUACUCAGCAUGGGAUUUGGCUUCCUCGAAUUCCGCACUGCACAACAAGCGCAAGCCGCACUGCAGGCGAUGGAUGGCUACACUCUGGACGGACAUAGGCUGCAAAUACGAGCCAGUCACAAAGGCGCCGACGCCGCCGAGGAGCGCCGCCAUGCUGACGCAGCAAAGAGGGGCACAAAAACAAAGAUCAUAAUCAAGAACCUUCCCUUCGAGGCUACGAAGAAGGACGUCCGAGCUCUGUUUGGCGCUUUCGGGCAGCUGCGGUCGGUCCGUGUGCCCAAAAAGAUGGAUCGUGCGGCGCGUGGCUUUGCCUUCGCAGACUUCACAACGCCGAAGGAGGCUGAGAGCGCGAUGGAGGCUCUUCGCAACACUCAUUUGCUCGGGAGACGGCUGGUACUGGACUUCGCCGAAGGGGAUGCGGAGGAUGCGGAAGCGGAAAUUGAGAGAAUGCAGGCGAAGGUUGGAGCGCAGGUGAACAAGAUGGCUCUGCAGAAACUGACUGGCGCUGGACGGAAGAAGUUCAGCACCGAAGCUGAAGAAGAGGGCUAG